AGGAGGACUGUAAAAAGUACCUACAAAAGAAGCAGGAAGAGGCCAACCAGCCGCUUCAAGUGCCAGCAGUAGACAGCAGCGUGCCAAAGACAUCAGAGCUGAUGGGCAUCACCACCAGGGACGAUCCGUAUGGGAACGGAACAGAGAUUUUUGAUGCCUUCAUCUGCUACUGUCAGAAAGACCUUCAGUUUGUCCAGGAGAUGAUCAGGAAGCUGGAACAAACAGAGUUCAAGCUGAAACUCUGUGUAUUUGAUCGGGAUGUCUUGCCAGGAACGUGUGUGUGGUCCAUCAGCGGAGAACUUAUAGAAAGGAGGUGCAGGAGGAUGGUGGCCGUCAUUUCAGAUGAUUACUUGGAAAGUAAAGAAUGUGAUUUUCAGACCAAAUUUGCUCUUAGUCUUUCCCCAGGUGCUCGUCUCAAACGGCUGAUUCCAGUCAAGUGCAAAACCAUGAAGAAGGAGUUUCCAAGUAUCUUGAGGUUCAUUACAAUCUGUGAUUACACCAACCCUUGCACCAAAAAAUGGUUCUGGACGAGACUGGCAAAAUCUCUUAUGCUGCCGUGAUGCCUUUUGAAUCUCCUGGCUCUGCCUUCACACCGGGGUGUCGUUCACACGGGGUCUUCAGAACCUGGAUCCUUGCAAUCGGUGUUUGGAGCCUGCAACCAGGAGUAAAGAAUUUUCUCUAGCACUUUUUAAUAAUUUGGAA